AUGUCACAGAGUCAGAUCUCUCAGUUCUCCGACAAUUAUCCCUCAUCUGUCUUCGAGGAUAAUCCUUUAGACAGUCUUUCCUUCCUUCCAUCUGAUAGUGCUCAGUCAUUCAACCCUGAUGCACUAUACAGCCAGAGGCCUAUCUCCGCGCCCGACGUUAACUUCGCCCAGCCACUACUCCCGCCCCCUAUCCCUAAUGCCCUCGAGCGCGUUGGCCCAAAGAAACAGAAGAACUACGUCCUCUGGUCCGAAAUGGUAAAUGAUGAGUUCGUUGCAUGGUGGAUAAACACUGAGCAUGGUAGUCGGAUCAAACGCAAUAUCUUCGAGAGUAAGCGCCAGGCAGAAUGUUGGCAGCAUUUCUACCAGGUAGCGGCUAUACAAGACGGCGCCCCUAAGGUUAUGUGCAAAGUAUGCGAUCAUACUCUUAAUCAUCCAGCGGACGGCCAUCGCGGAACAUCGUCUAUGAAUAAACACUUCGAGCAAGGGGUCAACUGUCGGAAGGGAGCGCCUCGCUCCAAAGAUAUCAGAAGGCUAAUACAAGACGGUGUACACCUAGCCUCUCAAAAACCUACCUUUACCCAGCAAGCCUGGAUAGAGAGGGUAGUAACCUUCAUUACUACCCAUCGAUUGCCAUUUCAGCUUGUUGAGAGUCCUCAUUUCCGUGCCCUCCUUGAGAUGAAUAGGCUUGCUCCAUCUUUCCCGGAAAUACCCUCUGCUUAUAUUAUCCGGCGCCAACUUCAAGGAAUGGUAGCAGAAAGACAGCGUACUCUUCUUCAGGAGCUACCUACCGGUGCUAAGCUUUCUAUUGCAUUAGAUUGCUGGACCUCACCCUUUCGACAGGCAUUUAUAGCCAUCACAGGCUAUUUCAUGGAUCAUGACUGGAACUACCGAGAGAUCUUGCUAGGCUUCGAGCCUCUUCAUGGGCAACAUACUGGAGUUAAUCUAGGCUUAGUUCUCUUCGACCUUCUUCAAAAGCAUCAGAUUGAAAACCGGGUCUUGACGGUUACUACUGAUAAUGCGUCUAACAACUUAACGUUGAUGGAUAGUAUCCAAGACUCUCUCCAGUCACUCGAGGUGCCAAACCAGUUACCAAUCAUUCGGAUACCGUGUAUCGUACAUAUUAUUCAACUUAGUUUGAAAGAACUUCUUGGUCAAAUAGAAGUGAAUCCAAGGAAUGACGGAGAAGAGUUAGAGUGGAUCAAGAGAGAUAAUGGGACACGGCAAGAGAACCGAGAGAUUGUGCAUACCCUUGAUAAGAGCCCUCAACGCCGAGAGAAUUUCCUAGAUCUUCAGGCUAAAGAACCAAAGCUUGUUCCAAUGCAAGACGUUCGGACACGUUGGAAUUUCACGUAUUUGAUGCUUCGACGUGCAAAGCGCCUGCAGUCUGUUUUGAAUGAGUUUUGCACCCAGUACGAGAAUCAUGAGCUGCAGCCAAGUCGGGAAGAAUGGCGACAGAUUGAUUACCUUCUUUCGAUCACACAACCUUUCUUUACCUUCACCACCUCUCUCUCAAAGACUAAAGAAGUCACUAUUCAUAGUGUCUUUGCGAUCUACAACAACCUGUUUGCUCAUCUCGAGAAAUCUAGGGCACAGCUUGCGCGAAAGAAGGUUGGCUGGAAGAGAGUGAUGCUAUCUGCCCUACAGGCGGCAGGGCUGAAGCUUUCAGAAUAUUAUAGGAUGACUGAUGAGAUUGGUAAUGACCUUUAUGCAAUCGGCACAAUCCUAGCGCCACAAAACAAGCUCGAAUUCUUUUCCACUAAGGACUGGGAGCCAAAUUGGCGUGUGCGAUACCGUACGAGCCUCGAGGAGUACCUCAUACCUUAUCAGCAGCGCUAUUCAGAGUCACAGCCUACAUCAAACGGCCAACCCUCGGUAGGGGGGAUCUCUGAUGUUGAUAUCCUCUUAACAGCAGCCUCCUCUCUCCGGCCACAGACGACCGCUUAUGACGAGCUUUCGCGGUAUCUUGGAAGUAGUACGCAAGUAGUCAACCCGCGGACGUACUGGAAGGAUCAUCAGCAUGAAUUUCCUAUCCUCGCAAGCUUAGCACGGGAUGUUCUUACCACGCCUGCUAGUGGUUCUGGCGUUGAGCGGUUAUUCAACUCUGCUCGCGAUAUCUGUCACUACCGCCGAGGCUCGUUGAAACCCAAAACUAUAAGGGAUCUUAUGAUGUUCAUGUGUACGACCAAGUUUGACAUGGAGUCUGAACAACUUUCCCUUAUAGAAGAGUAUCUUUCCACCCAGGAGGCCGAGGUGGCAAGAGAAGAAAAGGAAAUUCGGAAAGCAGAGGAUGAAUUCGAUCCUAUCAGUGAUACUGAGGAAGACCCUUUAGCCACUAUAUCUCAACCUGCCGAACCAGUCAGUCAGCGUGCCCUCGGUAAAAGACCAAGGACAGAAUCUGCGACGGAAGACCCGGGGCCUUCGGCUGAAUCAAAUGAAGAUGAUGAAAUCCCCCUACCCGAUAAUAUCCAUAUACAGGGAGAGAGCAGUACUCAGAGGCGUUCAUCAGGGCGGCUUCCUAAGCGUUCUAGGCGGGACGAAGACUUUGUGUAUGGGAAGCCAUAG